AUGCCGUCGACAAGGCGACGCGAUGCGAGCCCUGGACUUGGGCCCUCGGCCAGCCUUGGCUCGUUGCCGCAGUGUCGGGAACCGGGGAGUUGUUGCUUGAGCCUGGGGCAUUUCCUGUCCUCGUACCGCGCUGAAUUUGCCGUGUCCCGUGGCGAUUGCGUGACCCGGAGUCGAGAAACUGGACCUGGAGUCGAGGAGUUGGAUCGAGGGUCCAGAGUCGGGAGUCGAGAAGCGAGAAGCGAGAGCCGAAAGCCAAGUCUGUAG